AGUAUAGCGGCCAGAACGGAAAGUACGUCCGUCAGUUGUUCAGUUGAACCAACGCGAGAAGGUUGAGGAUACUAACACAAUAAAAAAAAAAGAGUUCAAAAAAAUAUAUACGCGUCGAAAUAAUAAUAAAAAAGAAGAAGUAAAAUUGUGCCAUAAAAUUUUAGUGUACUGUGAUACAUAAUUGAAUUAUUGUUUAAUGGGAUUAUGACGAAUGGUGAUUGUUUUAAAUUUUGCGUCAACGAUCUCAAAAUGGCUGUACCUUCGGAAGAUAUGGGAUUCUGUUCGAGCGAAGAUUAUCUGGAAAACGAGAUACAUUCUCCUACGGACAGCUCUGAAGAUAGCGUAGAAGUUAAAGUAUCCGUAAUAUCGUUAUCGAAUAAAAGAAGAAGAAUCGAAGCGGCUCCGACGGAGACAUUCAGCGGUCCGUUAAAGAAGAGGAUGUGUUUGAAAAUGAAAGCGGAAAUAAACGGAAAUCACCCUUUUCGACCGUGGAGUCCGACGCCGAAGCAAACGGACAACGUUCAAAUAAAAAAAGAAGCGGAAGAACCCGUCGAUUUUCAGUUACCAAAAACGGAGUGCCAACCUAGUUUAGAGGAAAAAUCCGAAAUUAGUAAUUUCGCGCCAUAUUUUCGACCGCCGUCGCCUAUUAAAUUUUAUAGUGCGUCCGAACCGGUUCCUUUGAUUAAAAAGAAAGAACAAGUGCCUAAUAACGAAGAAAUCCGCGUACCAAUUCAUCCCCAAAUACAAAGUAUCUCGAAUGCCGAAACCGAAAGACUAAUUCUUAAAUCGUCGGAGAUAUUUCCGCCUCUACAAAAUUCCGCGCCGAGUACCAGUAAGAAAUCUUCGGAAAUACCUCGUAAGGAACAGAGAAACUAUAAGAAUAUGACGAGAGAAAGGAGGAUAGAAGCUAACGCGAGAGAAAGAACCAGGGUGCAUACGAUCAGCGCCGCUUUCGAAACCUUACGAAAAUCUAUACCCUCUUAUUCGCAUAAUCAAAAAUUAUCCAAGUUGUCCGUUUUGAGGAUAGCUUGUUCCUAUAUAAUGACUCUGUCUUCCAUUUUGAGCGACGAAACCGAUACUAAACCUUCCACGUCCGAGUGCGUCGAAUUAGUCACUAGAACUAUACAGAGAGAAGGCAAACUUAGAAAAAAGAAAGAUGACAACGAUUGAGACGUCCUGUAUAUCAAUUUGUUUUACUAUAUAUAUAUUUCGAGUUCCUACAUUCUCAACUCAAUUCCAGAUAUUAUAUUGUUCACGGAAGCUGCCAAAUUAUAUAUUUGUACUUAUAAGUUACGCUGUAUAUAAAUUUUCGAUAAUAUUUAUUUCAAUUAAAAAUUAUUAUUUUUA